CAGGAAAUUUCCCAAGCCCGCUCGUCUGUCUUGACCCCCUCAUCGGGGCCGAGUCCGCCCGCAAGUAUGAACAAAGAAGCACCGCUCUCAAUUGCUGAGCGCGACUUUAUCCUCGAUGCUCUCCGCGAGGGUGUGAGGCUGGAUGGCCGUGGGGCCGACCAGCUCCGUCCGCUCACUCUGUCGUUUGGUGAAGAGUACGGCCAUGUGAAAGUGCAGCUUGGAAAGACAAGCCUUGUCGUUAGGAUCUCCGCCGAAGUUGCUAAGCCCCACGAUGAUCGGCCGUUUGACGGCAUCUUCAAUAUUGCCAUGGAGCUUACUGCGAUGGGCUCGCCCGCCUGGGAGAACGGCCGACAAGGAGAUUUAGAAACCUACGUUACGAACGUGUUAGAUCGUGUUAUUCGCCAUUCGAACGCCUUAGAUACCGAGUCACUCUGCAUCCUGAAAGGCGUCAGCUGCUGGACGAUACGCGCUGAUGUACACAUAACCGACUACGACGGCAAUCUGAUCGAUGCAUCGUGUAUAGGCGUCAUGGCUGGACUCCAACAUUUCCGUCGUCCCGACGCUGUGGUCAAGGACGGCCAAGUGAUCGUUUACGGACUGGAUGAAAGAGUUCCCGCGCCCCUGAACAUCACUCAUAAGCCCCUUUCGGUUACGUUUCAUACAUUCGACGACGGAAAGCUUGCUAUUCUGGAUGCGACGCGGAAAGAAGAGCAGGCUUCGGAAGCGGACGUUGUGAUUGGGAUGAACAAUGCCGGAGAUGUCUGCUACCUGUCUAAAUUCCAGGGCUCCCCGGUGGAUGCCCUGGUGUUUAUCACAAAGACCUCGCUCGCACUUGAGAAGGUCAAGUACAUCAACGGCAUUAUUGACAAAGCUCUGCAGGCUGAUCUUGCGAAACGGUCUAAGGGUGGGCUCGCGGAGCAAGCCAGAGCAGAGAACGAUCGGCCAGUCGCAUAG